AUGUAUGUGCUAAUGGAACUAGGUUGUUUUUCUUAUAAAUUAGCGGAAAAUAUGGCGUCUAAGAAUAAAUUUGGAUGGUACAUUCUAUUGACGCUGUCUUUUAUAGGCGAAGCGUGGUGUAUCCAGUGCUACUAUUGCAACAGUGAGAAUAACACGGCCUGUCUGGACGUGAACCGGUACAGUGAGGACAUAAGAUCGCAGAUUGUGCCGGUCGUCAACUGUGAAUCCGCCAUCCCGAGCCCCGGGGGAUAUCGAUUCUUCUGCAGGAAGAUAGCUCAAACCAUAUUCCACUCUCACCGCGAGUCCGAGGUGCGGGUAACGCGCGGCUGUGGCUGGAUUCAGCACGACAGGCCGUGCUACCGCGACGACAACACCGACCACCUGGGAAUCUCCUGCCAGUGUUUCGAGGACUACUGCAACUCUUCGGACCGCGUGGACCCCUCGACGAUGGCGGGCCUGUUCUUCCUUUUCGCCGGCGUCUUGUACUUCUGGCGU